AUGCAAUUACUUGCAGAAGAAUCUUCAUAUAGUUGUUCUGUUUGCAAAAAAUGGUUUAAAACAAAAAGAGGCUUAAUGCGACAUAAUACAAUUGUUCGUGGUUAUAAUCAAAACCCUCCCGGUACAUACAAGCUUCCUUUAAAAGCAAGCGUUGAAUUAAAGAAAAUUCUUGUUAAACACAUUCAAGACCGAUUAAAAGAACAUUUUACAUAUUCAGGCUUGCAAAGAGUAUUAAUACCAUGCACAUUAAGUCAAUUUUAUAGCAUAUUUAAAGGUUAUAUUCAUCGUCGAUUUUCAAAAUCUGGAAGGGUAAGAUGCUUAUUUCAGGGUGAAAAUGCAUAUUCCUUAAUUGGCCAGAUUUUAAAUGAUAUACAAUGGGGGACUAAACAUUUUAUCAAUAAUCAACGAACUUAUGUUACUUUUCGGCCUCCCCGUGAGCGAGCACCACGCUCUAAACAAAAAGAAGUGAAACCAAGAAUUACGCAAGUUAUAGUAGAUUGGUAUCAAAAGGCCAAAACUGAUACACAUGAACAUAUUACUUGGUCUGGGUAUAUUAGUUUUAGAUUUUUUGUCGCAAGAGGCCAUUUUUAA